AUGAGACCUGAAGUGUUAGAGAGACUCAAGGAACAUAAAGUAUGUAUUCAAUGUGGAGAAUCCUUUCGACACUCUCCAGAGAGUGUAAGCAAGGAAACUCUGCUUAGAACAGCACCAUGUAAAAGCAUUAUAUGUGAUGCUUAUGGGAAAACCUUCACUGAUGGCAAGGCUCUUCUAAUCCAUGAAAGGAUACACAAUGUAGUGAAAUCUCAUGGAUGGAAAAAAGGUGGAAAAGGCUUCAUUCCAUCUGGUAACUUUCACAUUCAUGAAACUUCUCACAUUAGUGAGAAACCUUGUGGAUGUAAACAAUGUGGGAAAGCCUACAUGAGCUCUAGUAACCUUCAUAUUCAUGAAAGAAGUCACAGUGGAGAAAAACCAUAUGGACAUAAGCAGUGUGAGGAAGUCUUUACACAAGCCAGUUACCUUCAAAUGCAUGAAACAACUCACACUGGAGAGAAACCCUAUGGAUGUAACAAAUGUGGGAAAUUCUUCACUCAUGCAUGUUACCUUCAUUAUCAUGAAAGAACUCACACUGCAGAGAAACCCUAUAGAU